UUGGAUAGCCCUGGGAACCACGGAAAGUCGGCAUUCUGGAAGGUCUCUGUAGGAAAAUAAUUGCUUGAUCAGUGUGGCGUGGGUCUUGUACAUUGCGAAGAGAUGAAUGGGAAACGGUCGACUGAGCUUGGCCCUGGUCGGGCGGGAAAAAAAGUAAAGAAGGAGGUGAUGGCGAAUAUUUCGGAUGCUGUCACGGAGGAAACCUUGAAAAAGCAGGUGGCUGAGGCCUGGAGUCGUAGGACGCCGUUCCGUCACGAAGCCAUUGUUAUGGACAUGGACCCCUUUCUUCACUGCGUGAUCCCAAACUUCAUCCAAAGCCAAAGCUUCUUGGAAGGACUUCAGAAGGAACUUUUGAACUUGGACUUCCAUGAAAAGUAUAACGAUUUAUAUAAGUUCCAACAGGAAAAUUCUGUUUGAACAUUUCCGGGCUUGGCUUUCUGACAUUUCCAAGAUUGAUCUGGAAUCAACCAUUGACAUGUCUUGUGCUAAAUAUGAAUUUUCAGAUGCUCUGCUCUGCCAUGAUGACGAGCUGGAAGGGCGCCGGAUCGCCUUCAUUCUUUACCUGGUUCCUCCCUGGGACAGGAGCCUGGGGGGCACCUUGGACAUGUACAGUGUUGAUGAGCACUUUCAGCCGAAGCAGAUUGUCAAGUCCCUUAUCCCAUCAUGGAACACACUGGUUUUCUUCGAAGUAUCUCCAAUAUCCUUUCACCAGGUGUCUGAAGUCCUGUCUGAAGAGAAGUCUCGUUUGUCUAUCAGUGGCUGGUUUCAUGGUCCUUCGCUGACCAGGCCUCCCACCUACUUUGAACCUCUCCUACCUCGGAGCCCUCACAUCCCACAAGAUCAUGAAGUUUUGUGUGACUGGAUCAACCCUACUUAUCUUGACAUGGAAUACCAAGUUCAAAUACAAGAAGAAUUUGAAGAAAGCUCCGAAAUUCUCCUAAAAGAGUUCCUUAAGCCUGAGAAAUUUGCAGAGGUGUGUGAGGCUUUGGAGAAAGGAGAUGUGGAAUGGACCAGCCAAGGUCCCCCUAACAAAAGGUUUUACGAGAAGGCUGAGGAGAGCAAGCUUCCCAAAAUCCUGAAGGACUGCAUGGCAUUAUUUCGCUCAGAGGCAAUGUUCUUGCUGCUCUCCAACUUCACAGGCCUGAAACUUCACUUCUUGGCUCCUUCAGAAGAAGAUGAGCUUGAAGACAAAAAAGAGGGAGAAGCAGCCUCUCCUGCUGAUAACACUGAAGAAGGGACUAGCCACAGCUCCUUUGAGCCAGAGAACAGUCGGGAGGCCAUUAGCGACAGCAGCCAACAGAGCAAUGAACAGAUAGACCCAGAGCCAGAGGAAACCAAAGCAAAGAAAGAAUCAAGUGUUCCCACAUGCCAGGGGGAACUGAGGCAUUGGAAGACUGGUCACUACACUUUAAUCCAUGACAACACCAAGACUGAAUUUGCCCUGGACCUCCUCCUCUACUGCGGCUGUGAAGGAUGGGAGCCAGAAUAUGGUGGCUUUACCUCCUACAUUGCCAAAGGUGAAGACGAAGAGCUACUGACAGUGAAUCCAGAAAACAAUUCUUUGGCCUUGGUCUACAGAGACAGAGAAACUCUGAAAUUUGUUAAGCAUAUUAACCACCGAAGCCUGGAACAAAAGAAAACCUUCCCAAACAGAACAGGUUUCUGGAACUUUUCAUUUGUCUACUACGAAUGACAAGGCUGGGCAAGGCUGGAAAAAGGAGGCCCGCCCUCAGUACUGGGACGUCUGGAAGAGUUAGACACCGAAGGAAGGACAGCUCCAAGGUGGCCUGUGCGACAGCGUUCUUAAACUGUGUGGUUAUCCUUUAAGCGGGCUCAGAGUGGUUGUCCUCAGUCUAGACCUUGAGCUUGAGGCUGGGAGCUUAUCUCUUGAUUUAAAAAAAAAAAAGGUUUUAUCUUUUUCAGUAACAUUGUUCAUUUUCCAUAUUAGCUUCUGCAGUGGUAAAAGCUUUGUGUGUGUGUGUGUGUGUGUGUGUGAUAAAAUAUGCGUGACAUAAAAUGUACCAUUUUCAGUGUACAGUUCAGUGACAUUAAGUACACUGACAUUGCGACACAACCCUCAUCAUCAUCCAUCUCCAAAACUUUUCCACCUUCCCCAGCUGCAACUCUGUCUGCAUUAAAUUCUAACCCCCUACUUCCCCACCCCCAGUCUCUGGCAACCUUCUUUCUGGCUCUCUGACAAUUUGAUAAUUCUUACUCCUCAUAAGACAGGCUGGCUUAUUUCACUCAGCAUAAAAUCUUCAAGGUUUGUCUGUUUCCAGUGAUUUUUUUAAAAUAUAUAGUCAUAAAUUUAUGACUGUCGAUUCUGCCCUUCCUAAAUAUACAGGUUUAGAAGAUUACAGAACCUUAUAUCCUGUUCAUUCUGGAUGCAUUACACCUCCUCCUACUGCCUAUAGCUUUGUUUCCACUGUGACUCUCCAUGGACUGUUCAGACUUAGAUGAUGUACAGUAUGUUCCCCUAGAAAAGCCCUGGCCUAAAACCACAUGGCCUCAAGAGACUUCUGGUUGGUAAAGAUGGUUGCUUGUGCCAUAUGCAGUGGUUUCCAGGUGCCCACUGCUCUUCCAUCCUGGAGUUGCGGCUCAAGUGUAACUAAAUGAUUCUGACCUCACAUGUGACCUCACAUAUUUCCUAAAUACUGGAGAGUCACCUGUAGCAUUUAAGAGACCCAAAUGCUAAAGGCCACAUCAGAUGCCAAGAGGCUGUCCAUUUUUUUCCGUUUGAACUGAUCAUGGGGAUUGUAUAAUAACUACUCUGUGCAUGCUGUGCAUAGAUAAGUGUAAGCUGCCUUUCAUCUUUACCUGAAAGAUGCUGUUGUCGUUCUGUUCCAGUGCUGUCUCCCUGUUAACUUACUUUUUUAUAUUUAUUAUUAGCUAUUGUAGCUUUUAUUUUUGGAUUUUACAAAUUAGUAGCAAAAGCAUUGGGCUUUACCUUAUCUCCUAAAACUUUGCUAAAAUUUGCAUUUAAGUGAAGAAAAUUAGUUUCAUUUUCUUUUAGGUUGAUGGUUUCAAAGUUUUGACUUUGCAGCCCAGUCAGUAGAAAAUGGCUUAGCACAUAUGCUCAUAAUAUGGAUAUUUAUAAAUUUUACAAAUGCAUUAAUAUUCAGUAUUGUUAUAUAACAAACAGUAAUUUUUCAAAGAUGGGAUAAAAAGAAAUACCUCCAACUGUUUCUAAUAUUGUCUUUCCCCAUCCAGUGGUAAUUGACCCUUUACAUGCAUACUGUUUUGGGGACCACAAAUUUUUUUUUUUUUCCCCCUUUUGAAGGCCAGACCCACGGCACGUGGAGGUUCCCAGGCUAGGGGGUGAAUCAGAGCUACAGCUGCCGGCCUAUACCGCAGCCACAAAAAGGCCAUAUCCGAGCCUCAUCUGCAACAUACACCACAGGUCAGGGCAACGCCGGAUCCUUAGCCCACAGGGCAAGGCCAGGGAUCGAACCCGCAACCUCACGGUUCCUAGUCAGAUUCAUUUGCCGCUGUGCCACAACAGGAACUCUCGGGACCGCAAUUUUUUUAACCAGGGCAUAGUAACAUUCAAGUGGGAUUACAACUACUACUUUGUUAUUAACCAUUUAAACUUCAAAGCUCGCCUUUUAAGUUCCUGCAGACCGAAGGUCAUUCCCUGUAAUGUUACUUGAAUUCACCUGCUUUCUGAUGCGUUUUUGGAAGUGGUAGCAGGAGGGGUGCAGUUCUAGUUAACACAGUCUCAGUGGCAUAAUGCCAGGAAGCCCCAGGGAAUAGGGCUGAGCCAGUGAAACAUCACAUGUGCCAAGCUUGGAAAACAGUUUGAGACGCAUGGUUCUAGGAAUUCACAUCUAAGAGUUCAGAAGUCUACACUGAGUCUUGGCAUCCUAUACAAGCAUUAAAAAUGUGCUUAUUAUAUUCUCCUUAAUCUCAAAGUGUUCAUGGACUAUCAACACAGCAGAAUCUUCUAUACACUACAAAAAAGGGUUCUGGUGCCCAAGAGGAGAGCUUCCCUGAGCAUCAGACCGGGAUGUUGCCGUCAGUUACAUCAUCUACAGCAGUAGCUCUUAGACUAUGAAGAUUGAGUAACUUGUAGGACAGUUUUCUACACUGAAGAUACCAAGGGAUUAAGAACUUGCUAUUCAUUAAUAUUUCAUUUUCAUUCUAUUUUUUUUUUUUCCUUACCUUUUCUAGGGCCACUCCUGCGGCAGGCAAAUGGAGGUUCCCAGGCGAGGGGGCUAAUCAGAGCUGUAGCGCCGGCCUACACCAGAGCCGCAGCAAUGCAGGAUCCGAGGCACGCCUGCAACCUCACAGCUCACAGCAACGCCGGAUCCUUAACCCACUGAGCAAGGCCAGGGAUCAAAUCCGCAACCUCAUGGUUCCUAGUCGGAUUCGUUAACCACUGAGCCAUGAACAGAAAUUCCCGUACUGCAUUCUUUAUCUUCAUUUUGGGGCCUGAAGCCAAUGUCAACAAGGUUUAAGUAGCAAAAGAUGAAUUAAAACAUGACCACCUUUUUUUAUACUUGGAGAUAAAAGUGAUGAUGUUCACCUGUGUAUAUCAUCACUUAAUUCUUAAUAAUGAAACUCUGGUUCUUAUAAUUGCUUUAAAUAAAGGAUGACUGUUCUAAAAAGAA